AUGGGCUCAGUACUCUCUUACAUGCUUGGAGGAGGCGAAGGCGACGCCGCUACCGGUGAAGACGACUCAUCGUCGGGCGAUCACUCCGGCGUCACAAAGUUCCACUCCGCUGCCCGCUGGCAGCUCCACUUCAACUCCCUCAAAGAUUCCAACCAGCUGCUGGUGAUCGAUUUCGCGGCGUCUUGGUGCGGCCCGUGCCGGUUCAUCGAGCCUGCGGUGAACGCCAUGUCUGAGAAAUUCACCGACGUCUCCUUCGCCAAGAUCGAUGUGGAUGAAUUGCCCGAAGUGUCGCAGGAAUUUGGGGUGCAGGCGAUGCCAACAUUUGUACUGGUGAAGAAAGGGAAGGAAGUAGACAGGGUGGUGGGAGCUAAGCAGGAUGAGCUGGAGAAGAAGGUCUCCAAAUACAGGUCUGCUUGA